UUGGAUUCCGUUUACAACGAACAUCUUCUCACAAUCGGCCAACUCCAGGACGAAGUCAAGGCGUUGAAACGUCAACUGGCUCAAAAGGACGCCGAAAUGUUGGCGAAAGAUCGCACAAUCGCGGAAUUGCGUUCAGAAUUGAUUGACACUAAAGAAUUUCACGAAAGUCGUCUUCUAAAAGCUCGAGCGGCCGCCCAGUUGGAACAGGAUCGUUUGACAGUGAAAUACUGGAGAACGCACUUAGUGGUCUCGAAAAUGUUGAAACUUGGAAUUGGCGGUCAGAAGACAUUUAUCGACUUGAGGUUUCCGACAAUCGAGCCUAACGCAGUCUGGCUCGGUGGGAUGGAAGGAACGGUCUAG